AUGACCGGUUCUCCAACACCUGGUCUUAAGGGUGACACUAGUGCAUCAACACCUGGUCUUAAGGGUGACACUAGUGCAUCAACACCUGGUCUUCAGGGUGACACUAGUCCAACUCCUGGUCUCCAGGGUGACACUUGUCCAUCAACACCUGGUCUCCAGGGUGACACUUGUCCAUCAACACCUGGUCUCCAGGGUGACACUAGUCCAUCAACACCUGGUCUUAAGGGUGACACUAGCGCAUCAACACCUGGUCUUCAGGGUGACACUAGUCCAACUCCUGGUCUUCAGGGUGAUACUAGUCCAACUCCUGGUCUUCAGGGUGACACUAGUCCAUCAACUCCUAGUCUCCAGGGUGACACUAGUCCAUCAACUCCUGGUCUUCAGGGUGACACUAGUCCAACUCCUGGUCUUCAGGGUAACACUAGUCUAACUCCUGGUCUCCAGGGUGACACUAGUGCAUCAACACCUGGUCUUCAGGGUGACACUAGUGCAUCAACACCUGGUCUCCAGGGUGACACUAGUCCAUCACCUCCUGGUCUUCAAGGUGACACUAGUCCAUCACCUCCUGGUCUUCAGGGUGACACUAGUCCAUCCCCUCCUGGUCUUCAGGGUGACACACAGUCCUUGUGA